CGAGAUAGAACCAAGGACAGGCGUGAAGGAGGUCUCAGUUGUAAAACCUACAUAGCCACCGCCCGUCGGAAUGGGGUGUAUUACUCACCCACAUUUGGACCAGUUGAUUUCAAUGAGGACCUUGCUGCACCCAUGUAUCGGAACAUGGCCAUUGUCUGGGAUACGGCAUUCAGUGAGACGCUGUGGCGGGUGGUGGAUGAACUGCAUACUGACAUAGUGGCCCGGAUACUGGACUUCACUGACAGGCUACAGAAGCAGCUUGAGUUACUUGGGAUUUCGGCCAUGCGGACUGACCGCCUCGCUACGCAGGCCAUUUGCUCUGCAAACAACAAGCUGACGGAGAUGGUAACCAACCUAAAGGACGUGGUCACGCCUUGGCAGCGGGAUUUCCCGCAUUGUGACGCCCCACAUACAGACAAUGAUGCUUGACGAGUAUAGGCAGUGUGCAGCUGACUCCGGCAAGGGGUGUUUGUCCGCAUGAAGAUGUACAUGGCACAGGGUAUCGACAACAAGCGGGGCUCCAUGUUUGACGAGGCAAAACAGAUGCUCAUGGAACAACUGAUGAAACUGCGGACAGAACUAGUUCAGGAUGUUAAGAGUGUGAAAGACAUCCUCAUCACAGACUUGAGGCGGGGCUUCGAACCCCUGUGGGAGGCCCCAUCUAAGUCAUUGGUUGCCCGACAGGCAUUUGCAAAAGUUCUUGAUGAGUUUACAGUCAAAAUGCGAGUCAUUUACCAAGAAGCUGGUAUUCAGAACACAGAAAGAUGGGCACAAACUCCCUGCCCCAAGACGGGGACACUCUGGUGGUGCUGCCCAGGGGUCCAGCAGUGUUACCACUGUAGCUAGGGUACAGGGAGAUUCCACAGUUGCCAGGCAACCAGAGUGGCCGACAUACACUGCUACAAUUCACAAGAUGGAAGACACUUCGUAUGACACAGCAAGCACUGAGGCACCCCUUAUGGCAAUUGGACAACAGACUCUGAAUGACGUUUAUCAAGAUACUCUGGAGGACAGCCCAGCGGCCGUGUCACUAUUACCUAAAAUAGAACCCGAUGAAACAGCUACGUUUUCCGAACCACCAGCAAAAAAGUCGAAACAGGAGAACAAUCAGAGAACAAACAACCAGGCUAGUCACAUUGCCGGCCUGCAGACUCCUAGCCAACAAGUAUCAAGCCCUUCCUCGACCAGGACAAUCCAGUCUACAAAUAUGAACUGUAGCCAACCUGCCCGAAUUGGGGAGAAAGGCAAGGGACCGGGAAAGAGUAAAGGAAAUAUGAACAGCCCGUUACUCUCCCAGACGACCACGCCCAAACAAACUAUUCCAACUAGCACUGUGGUAACAGAACCACAAGACAGGCCCAUACAAACUACACCAACUGUCACUGUGAAAGCAGAACCAACAAACACGGGGUACAAAGAGCAAUGGAAAUGAUACAUUUCACAGAUGAGGAAUAAGAAAAAAACAACAAUGACACAGAACAUGAAUACGAAUCGUGAACUGUCAUUAAUUGUAUGGUAGAUACUGUUGCAUAUGUGUGAUGUGAUGCAACAGACUCGAUUGAUAUGGGGCUGCUGUGUACAGUGUGGACAAACCAUGGGUUGUGACGUCACAUUUGGUAAAUGCAGGAAGCAAAAUACCUCUCGAUUAAGAUAGUAUUAUUGCUGUAGUGUGGUUAUUUUUAUAUCAUUUUUUACAAAAUAUAGCGCAGACAGGAACAAAUGUUCACUGUACUUGGUUACUAAGCGAAACGUUGAGCGACGUAUAUUUUUUUCAAAACAAAUCUGGAUUGCAAACUGCUGAGAGCUACGAGAUCAGAUGUCUAUAACUAUCUUUAAAUAACCAAACAAAGUUUAUCGCCUUUUAAUUCAAGGUAACUUUGGGUGACAAACAAACCCUAAAAUUGGCCCAAAAUGUAAAAAUCAUACAAUUUAAACAAAUAAUAAUCUUAUAGGGCUCUUAUAUUAACAUAUAUGUAGGAGAAAACAUAUGUAUUUUAAUUGCUGUAAAACAUAACCGAUGUUCAUAUCUACUGUCUUUGCAAACAUUUAUUAGAAAACAUGUUUUAAUCGGGCUUAUGGCAAAAAGGAGGGAAGUUGACCAUUGUGCCUCCAAAAAAUAUAACCAAAUAGUUUUAGCUUUUGGUAAUAACAUUAUAUGAGUCUCAUUGGUAGGUAUGCAUAUACCCUGUGGAUAGAAUAUGCAUUCCGAGAAUUCUGUCUAAACGGCAACCAUGGUAUAUAAAAAAAUUGGACCAGAAACGUAAUUUGCUUUUCGCUAUAACAAACAAUAUUUAAUACAUUCUGAGCAUUUGACCACGAUUUCUGAAAACAAAAAAGAUAUUGCGUAGCCACCGAGUAUAGUGUACAAUUUUUUCUCUUAGCCUGCGCUGUUUUGUAAAAAUUGUUAUGAAAAUCACGACCUUCAGCUUCCCGCAAUAACCAAAUGUGACGUCACAAACCACGUGGUAUAUUCACUCUAUGUGUACCAGCUUUAGGUGGUCUUCUUCAUGGUAAAUCUGUUGCAAGCACCUCGUGGAUAGACAAUCCAUUACAUUUGAAGGCAUGACUAGCAGAAGUAGUUCUUGAAAAUAUGACUUCGUACCUUGCUGUUGAUUUCACAAAUUGUUUGUUGCAGUAUUUGUUAAGUAUAUCUUUAGUGAUCUUAAUAUUUUGCUGUCAAUGUUAUGAUGUAGAUAAAAGUAAGGAAUGAUAUUUUUAUGCCCCCGAAGGUGGGCAUAUUAAAAUCGCACCGGUCCGUCUGUCCGUCCGUCCUUCCGUCCGUCCGUGUGUCCGGCUCAAUAACUCGUGUCCGGGCUGUAACUUUCCCUUGUAUGGACAGAUUUUAAAAUAACUUGCCACAUGUGUUCCACAUACCAAGACGACGUGUCGCGUGCAAGACCCGUGCCCCUACCUCAAAGGUCAAGGUCACACUUGGGUCUUUAUUCACAAUGGAGUGCUGCAUAUAUGACAUAGAGUAUAGGUUGUCGUGUCCGGGCUGUAACUUUCCCUUGUAUGGACAGAUUUUAAAUAACUUGCCACAUGUGUUCCACAUACCAAGACGGCGCGUCGCGUGCAAGACCCGUGCCCGUACCUCUAAGGUCAAGGUCACACUUAGUGUUUAUUCACAAUGGAGUGCUGCAUAUAGGACAUAGAGUAUAGGUUGUCGUGUCCGGGCUGUUACUUUCCCAUGUAUUGACAGAUUUUAAAAUAACUUGCCACAUGUGUUCCAUAUACCAAGACGACGUGUCGCGUGCAAGACCCGUGUCCCUAUCUCAAAGGUCAAGGUCACACUUAGUCUUUAUUCACAAUGGAGUGCUGCAUAUAGGACAUAGAGUAUAGGUUGUCGUGUCCGGGCUGUAACAUUCCCUUGUAUGGACAGAUUUUAAAAUAACUUGCCACAUGUGUUCCACAUACCAAGACGACGUGUCGCGUGCAAGAACCAUGCCUCUACCUCUAAGAUCAAGGUCACACUUAGAGUUAAUUCACAAUGCAGUGCUGCAUUUAGGACAUAGAGUAUAGGUUGUCGUGUCCGGGCUGUAAAUUUCCCAUGUAUGGACAGAUUUUAAAAUAACUUGCCACAUGUGUUCCACAUACCAAGACGACGUGUCGCGUGCAAGAACCGUGUCCCUACCUCUAAGGUCAAGGUCACACUUAGUCUUUAUUCACAACGGAGUGCUGCAUAUAAGGACAUAGAUUAUAAGUUGUUUUGUCCGGGCUGUAACUUUCCCUUGUAUGGACAGAUUUUAAAAUAACUUGCCAAAUGUGUUCCACAUACCAAGACGACGUGUCGCGUGCACGACCCGUGUCCCGACCUCUUAGGUCAAGGUCACACUUAAGUGCUUAUUCACAACGGAGUGCUGCAUAUAAAGAUAUAGUGUAUAGGUUGUCAUGUCCGGGCUGUAACUUUCCCUUGUAUGGACAGAUUUUAAAAUAACUUGCCACAUGUGUUCCACAUACCAAGACGAUGUGUCGCAUGACAGACCCGUGUCCCUAUCUCUAAGGUCAGGGUCACACUUGGGUGUUUAUACACAAUGGAAUGCUGCAUAUAUAAGGACAUAACAGUGUCGGUUGUCAAGUAUGGGUGGUAUUUUUUAUGUUUAGAGGCAAUUUAAAAUAACUUGCCAUAUGUAUUUGACAUGUAAAGGCAAAAUCAACUUUUCAUGUACUGACCUUGUUCAUAGGUCAAUGUCACAAUCGGGGGCAUUCGUCACAUACUGUGACAGCUCUUGUUUCUUGUGUAUAUUACUUCUGCAACAUUUUAUGUUUAAUGUGCUUUUAUCACCAUAAAUUGUUGGUUUUUAAGGAUGCUUUAUAUAAUUUCUUUGAAAAGAACAAUAUUGAAUAUACAAGUGAUUUAACCCACUCCUUACAAUUGAAUGAAUGUGAACACUUGGAAUGCAGACAUGCCUUAUUUUAGUGUUAUGGUCCCUUUGAUCUUAUUUAUAAAUGUUAUAUCAAUUGUCAAACAGGUGUACUCAUGUUUUUCUGAUAUUGUUCAACUAGUAUGUUUUAUUAAAAUGGCAUUAUACUUUUAAUAGGAUGUUGAUUAGUUUUAGUUUUUUUACCAAUUUAAUUUCAGCAUUAAAUGAAAUCACGUUAUUAAUUAGCAGUUAAAAUCAGUGUUAUCGUUCUUCUAAAAUAGUCAUUGUAACUGUUAAUAUAUAUAUAUAAUAUAAAUAUUUAUGUAAUUCACCACAAUUUGAUCACUUUUCAAAUUGAAUUGUUGUUCAUUUUAUUCUGUAAUCUUCACUUGGUAUGUCGUCUUAGUUCGGUUUAGAUUGUUGCUGGUUUGCCAUAUAUAAUUGUGGUCCUUUGUGUUGUGUAUUAAUCUUUUACCUGUCCAAUACAAAAGCGAUUCGAAAGUUUCCUUAAUAAUUAUUAUUUGCUUUAAAUUGUUUAUUCUUUCAAUAAAAAGUCGUUCCAUUUUGUACAAGAAGCUUACAUAACAAGUGCCAUGUUGGUUAAGAAAGCCAAUUUGAGUAUACAAUAAUUUAUUUGAACCAAUCUGUUGACAAUUGAAUAGAUAAUAUUAUUAAUAUUUUUUUUAUAAAUAAACCUGUUCGGAAAUGUAUUCCACAGUAUUUCAAAAAAGGGAGGUAUCUGUGUUAUUCUAUAAAUAUAACAGCGACCAUUCGCAGUUUAAUAUUAAUUAUAAUGAAGUCGUUAGAAAGGUGCGAACGCCGUCCAUCGGUGACUUUUUCAGCGAUUACUACUACUACAAUAAACUUCGUCCUAUAAUUUAUGGAGAUUUUUAAGUUUGUAGAAAAUAAUUUACGGAUGAAAAGGUCCUAUCGAAUAUCAUCUGAUGUCCAUUUAUAAUCCUUCAUUGUUAUAAUAUAGAGUUUUAUAAUUCUUAUCCUUCUUCCAACAUAUAUUAUGGAAGUGGCGUGUAUUGAUCAAUACAGACAGAACCAAGUGAAUCCACUUCCGAAGGAGCGGACGUCCGCGACAUCAGACGAAUUGGUAAUAAACUGUUAGAAGUUGUUGACACUUACAAAAACCUUGGUCAUCUUUCAAUCUAAAGGCGAUUUUACAAACAAAGCUAACGCAUUGGCGAAGGGCGCCGGAAGAGCCUAGGGAAGCAGUAUUCAUAACACCAUUCAUACUUUGUAAUUUUAUAAUAUAUGUGUAUGAUCAUGUUUGUAUAUAGCGCAUGUCACGUCAAUAAAUAUUUACUAACUUA